GCUGCUGGUGCUGCCGCCGCCGCCGCCUGGCUGAGCCUCGGGUGUCCAGGGGGCUCGGUGGGAAGCCGGGGCCAGGCAUGGGCCUGAUCUUCGCCAAGCUGUGGAGCCUCUUCGGUAGCCAAGGCUCUUCUCUUCUACUCUGUCAACUUUGUUAUGGAUUUUCUUCUUCCUUUGCCAAGAACAUGGUGGACUGGGAAGAUAUUCAUGAAUACAACCCAAAAUGAGUUUGAAUACCAGCCAGUGAAAGGGAGAAACCUGGGUUAGUCUAACACAAAGUAAUCAUAGUGGGACUUGAUAAUGCUGGAAAGACUACUAUUCUUUACCAGUUUUUAAUGAAUGAGGUGGUUCAUACUUCUCCAACCAUAGGAAGCAAUGUAGAAGAAAUAGUGGUGAAAAACACUCAUUUCCUAAUGUGGGAUAUUGGAGGACAAGAAUCAUUACGGUCAUCGUGGAAUACCUAUUAUUCAAACACAGAGUUCAUCAUUCUGGUUGUUGACAGCAUUGAUAGAGAGCGACUUUCUAUUACAAAAGAAGAACUUUAUAGAAUGCUGGCUCAUGAGGAUUUACGGAAGGCUGCAGUUCUCAUCUUUGCAAACAAGCAGGACAUGAAAGGCUGCAUGACGGCUGCUGAGAUAUCGACAUACCUCACCCUCAGCUCCAUAAAGGAUCACCCGUGGCACAUUCAAUCCUGUUGUGCUUUGACAGGAGAAGGGUUAUGCCAAGGCUUGGAGUGGAUGACCUCCCGUAUUGGAGUGAGAUAGCUUUUUUACUUUUUUUUUUUUUAUUCCUCCAAAAGAAGAGACUUCUAUUUAUCCUGUGAACAUGUACAUUUUUCUGUACUUUUGGCUGCUGAGGCAGUGACCAUGUUUAAUUUAUAUCAGCCAACUCCUAAGCUGUGCUUGAAUCAAGCGCAGUUGAACUGAAACACAAAAGUAUUUUCUUAACUUUUUUUAAUACACUAAUCUUCAAGUGGAUGAACAUAUGUCAUAUGUGAAUCUGUUUUUAGGCAUUGAAACUCCUCUGAGUAUGUAUUCUAACUUUUUCGAUGAUAGCCUUUUAAAAGCUGUUUUGUCAUUGUCAGUAUUUCAUACUUCCUCUUUCUAAAUAGUUUGUAUAACUUACUAACAUAAAUGAGCACAGUUUAUUUAAUAAUUAAAAGUAGUGAUUAGGUUAACUUCACUCUGCCAUAGCCUUAACCUCUAAGGAUAACCAUAUCUCCAGCUGGACUUCCCAGAACAUCAGUAGAAUUCUAGCCAGCACUGGAAUUAAUAGUUAUGAAUGCAAAUUUUUAAAUCCUUAAUGAGUUAACUAUAGUUAAUAUUGUGGUGGCUUUUAACCUGGUAUACAGUGGAACUUCUGCCUUAAAAAUAAAUUUGUUUCAGUCUCAGUUUCUCUGGUGUGUAGUUCUAGGAUAUGAUUCUUUUACUUGAAAAUACAUCUCUGUACAGUGGAUUAAAAUUUUAUCAAGUGAUAGUGUAAUUAUUUAGAACUUGAAUACCUUUUUAAAAAUAAAUCUCUCAGUAAUUCAGUUUGGAAUCACAGCAGCCAAUGUUAUGUGUAGACUUGCUGUACACUGUUAAAGUUUUAAAUUUUGUAUACAUGAGCCUUCCUCACCUUUUAGUGAGAAUGCUGUUUUCUAAAUGAAUGCAAAAUCAAAAGGGAAGCCAGAUUUAUAAACAAAUAAAACAAUACCAUGGUGCUGCAUCUGUAGACUUCAGAGUGAAGCUAAUCUUGACAUUUAUUUACCUACUAUCACAUAUGUUUUUAGAUUUUUUGCAGAGAAAUUAUUUUGCCUUAAUUUUUGGUUUUAGUCUUAUUUGCACAAGCAGAGAACUUUUGACGGUGUUUGAGUUAGAUUCCUUCACCUGAAAUUUGAAAAGCAGGUGGUGAAAAAGUAGACCAAGUAAUUCUUAAUUCAAUUGGAAGGGAAUGAAGUUAGAUCUAUCAAGAUAAUGUAAAGACAUGAAGGUUAUUGAGAACAUUAAGCAUCAAAAAACCCUAACCACUAAACACCCAAAAAGCCAUAUGAGGAUUAAAAAAAAAAAAACCACAAAAAACCCAAACCAAAACCAAUAGUGGACACCUAAUUCCUGGUGAAGUGCAGCAGCAGUCAGAUACCUACCCUGCAUAAAUGCUUGGCAGGCCUUCCAAAAGCACCAUUCUGUACUUCUGCAUGCCUAGAAGCCACAUGGAGGCUGGUUACCAGAACCAUUUUGUGUAGGCCUUUAAUGACAAAAUGUUUUUGUUAAAUCUUGUUUUGAUAAUUCAAGCACACGGAUUUUUCCUUAAUAAAAUUUUAAGCUUUGUAAAUUUUAA